AUGGCAAAACGACUGAGUGGGAAACUACUUCAAAGUGAUAAUGAACGAGUGGUCGAAGUGGAAGAUUUUGAACAAGAAGAUGAGGCGGAAGUUGAGGUGCCAAAUGUUGUUGAAGUUGAAAGACUCCCGAAGAAGGUGAAAGCUCAAGAAGUGAGAUAUGAAGAGGUUGAGGAAAAGGUAAUAGAGGCACCAAUUCCUAGACCUCCCCCUCCUUUUCCUCAAAGACUAGCUAGAAAGGUUGAUGAUAGCAAUCUCGAGAAGUUCUAUAACAUCCUAAAGCAAUUAUCGGUGAACAUUCCAUCUGUGGAAGCAUUUCAAGAGAUGCUGGGUUUUGCUAAGUACUUGAAGGACUUGAUCACUAAAAAGAAAACCACCAAGAAUGAAGUGGUGAGUGUUACCCACCGGGUUAGCUCCAUCAUUGCAACAACCGUCGUCCAAAAGAAAGAGGACCCGGGGGCUUUCACCAUUCCAUGCACUAUUGGAUUGCGAGACUUUGCACGAUCUCUUUGUGAUAAUGGGGCUAGAAUCAACUUAAUGCCUCUUGCUAUCUACAAGCAAACAGGAUUGGGAAUGCCUAGGCCUACAAGUAUGAGGUUGCAAACGGCCGACCAUUCAAUAAAGCUGGGGAUAAUGGAUAAUGUGCUUGUGAAAGUGGGAAAGUUUCUCCUCCCCGCCAACUUUGUUAUUCUUGAUUGUGUUAUUGAUAAAGGGAUCCCUAUCAUCUUGGAGAGACCAUUCUUUGCCAUCGGGAGAGCACUCAAGGACUCGAAACGAAAUGAGAUUAAAUUCAGGGUUAAUGACGAAGAAGUUACCUUUUAA